UCAUACUCGUUGUCCACGUCCAUUUCCUCUUUCGGUUCUUUCUUUGCCGUCUUUAAUCUUCUAACAGGCUAGUCCUACCCAGAGCGCUAGUCGCCUUUCCAACAGCUUCAACAAGACCAUUCAUUCUUGUCGACUUUAUUCUCAGUCUUCAUCAUCACGCCCUCUCUCUUUAUCCAAAGAAAACGAAGAAAAAGAAGUUUUUAAAGAACGUCACAAAAAGCAAAAUCAGUCAAGAUGCAGUUCACCACUCUCCUCGUCGCUGCCUUCGCCAGCACUGCUCUCGCCCAGAGUCCCGCCAUGGUCCACGUUGUUUCCGUCGCUGGCACCAAGGGUGAAAUCAUCUUCACGCCCGACAACAUCAAGGCCAACGCCGGCGACAUGAUCCAGUUCCAGUUCCGCGCUGGCAACCACAGUGUCGUCCAGUCCAACUUUGACAACCCUUGCACCCCCAUCAACGAGCACAACUCCUCCAUCGCUGGCAUCUUCUCUGGAUACCAGGCCGUCGCUGCCAGCAUGUCCGCCGGUGUCAUCCCCACAUACACCAUCGCCAUCAAGGACACCAAGCCUAUGUGGCUCUACUGCUCGCAAGCCAAGCACUGCCAGAACGGCAUGAGCAUGGUCAUCAACGAGAACACUGCUGCCAACUCUACUCGUAGCCUGGCCGGUUACAAGGCUCUUGCUAAGGCUGCUCCUGCCAACUACGGUCCCGGUGGCACUCCUGGCGCUGGCUCCGGCGCUGGCAACGGUACUGGAUCUGGUACUGGAUCCGGCUCUGGUUCUGGAUCUGGCUCCGGUUCUGGCUCCGGCUCUGGUUCUGGAACCGGAUCUGGAUCUGGUACCGGCAGCGGCUCCGAUGCUGGCACUCCCGUUGGUGGCUCUGCCGGUGUUGUCACUCCCACCAUUGCCCCUGCUGCUGGCAACGUCGUCGCCGUCUCCGCGUCUAUGGGUCUGCUGUCCCUCGUCGCCGCCUUCCUCGUGCUAUAAGCAUCUUUCCCUUCCUGGAUCUUUUCAUCAUACAUCUCUGGGAUUUGUCACACGAACAAAACAAAAAAGGGCAUCAUGUUUUAUAUCAUACCAGGAGUUAUGGGCGGUGGGGCUUCUAAUGGGCUUGGGGAUCUCUUUUUUAUAACCCAUCUCCGCCUCGUGCGUGUCGAGGUUCCGGUUCAACCAUCAACCGGGGCGGGGAUGAAAGGGGGGUUAUUUAAACGGUAGAUGCAUCGAAGACAUUGUAUACAAUGUAAUUAUGCCUUUGUCGACAUUCUACUUUCUUCUUCAGUAUUUUUUUUUCUUCGUUAUUUUUUGGAUAUCCUUAGUUGAGAGAGAGUUAAUUUAUACCCGGUCGUGGACUCUGAAAUA